UGUUACUGCUACAUAGGAACCAGACAACUGCCCUCCUAGGCCCUAUUCAGAUUGCCAGCACUAAGAAAACAGCAAAAAAUCUUCAGCUCGUUGAGCAACAAGGGCAGUGUUUAGGAAUACAUCCCACCCUUGUGUUUUUGCUCCAGGAUGCAGAGAGAAGGAAGGCAUGCAGAGCGCAAAUAAUUAUGCAAGAAAGCCUGCAUUCAUCUCCAUCCUGCUUUUUUGGCAAGUGUAGCAGUUGGCUAUGAAGGCAAUGCAAAUGAUGCUAACUGAUAACCAUACCUACGUUUGAGAGAGAGAUUCUACAGUGGAAAAUGGGGAAUUCAGAAAGCCAAUACAGUCUUCAGGGAUCAAAAAAUCAUGCUACUGCUUCAACUGGUUCCAAGCAGAAGCCUUGCUCUCUAAAAAUUCGCAGCAUUCAUGCUAAAGAUGAAAAGUCUUGCUCCUUGCAUGGAUGGGGACAUACCAACAGUGGCUCAAACUACAAGUCAAGGUCUCUUGCUAGAAGCUGCCUUUCGCACUUCAAGAGUAGUCAGCCUUAUUCAGCUAGACUUGGUGACACUGUGGUGAAGGCCUCUAAAAGUAACGUCCUUGCCAAACACAGGACACACACCUCAGGGGACUACUGUCCAGGAAAUAAUGCAGUGUUUUUGCCUGAUAAUGGUUUCCACUAUAUUGGCCUUCAAGCUGGAAGUAAUCAUGCUGCUCCCCGAGAAUGCAAUGGGCACAUACUAAAAUGCUAUGGAAAGAAUGAGAGUCUUGCAUCAACCUCCCCAUCAGAGGACAGGAGAAGUCCAAAAGUACUUAUUAAAACACUGGGGAAGCUGGAUGGUUGCUUGAGAGUCGAAUUCCACAACAGUAGCAACAGCAAAGUACCAACUGAGGAGUCCAGUGGGCCAGUCCAGCUGCUGAGGUAUUCACCUACCUUGGAAUCUAAGUCAAAUAAUCUGCUUGAUGUCAGGAGGAACUCCAGUGCAGACUGUUCUUCAAACCAUCGUCUGUCACCUACUGAUUCAAGGCUUCGAUCUAGUAAGGGAAGCUCCCUAAGCUCCGAGUCUUCAUGGUAUGACUCUCUCUGGGGAAAUGCUGGGGAUAUCAAUGAGUUGGAUGGUCCAUAUUUGACUAGGAGCACUCCAGAUACAAGCAUUCAUGCCAGUUUCCCAGCAGGCGACAAGAAGUCCUUCAAUCAAAGCUCAUCUCUUUCCUCACUUCGAGAUCUCUAUAAGGAUACAAAUUUGGAAAGCACUCCUCCACCUGUGAUCAGGCUGUCUGAUGAGUAUAUUGAUACUCAUGGUAGCCUAAGCAACCGUGUAUCAUUCGCCUCAGACAUUGAUGUUCCCUCCAGGGUAGAGCAGGGAAGUCCUGCUCAUUAUUCCUCUUACACGCUCCCAUGUAGAAAGUCCAAGCCCCUCACUGAGGAUGCAUCCAAGAAGGACACAUUAAAAAGCCGAAUGAGGCGCAUCAGUGAUUGGACAGGAAGUCUCUCGAGGAAGAAAAGGAAGUUGCAGGAACCCAAAUGUAAAGAUGGGGGCGAAUACUUUGACAGCAGAAUGGACAACUUCAGCACAGACACGCUGGCACCAUCACAGCAGCCUACUUUGUUGUGGUCACCCAGCUCCAGUCACAUCCUGUCCCAGAGAAGUGAGUCCACCAAUGCAGUCAGCAGUGAUGCCCUGAGGCAGAACAUUUAUGAAAACUUCAUGCGAGAGCUGGAGAUGAGCAGGACAAACCUGGAGAACACUGAGACCUCAUCAGAAACAGAGGACUCCAGCAGCGAGUCCCUCAGCUCCUUGGAGCAACUGGAUUUGUUGUAUGAGAAGGAGCAAGGAGUGGUGCGCAAAGCAGGGUGGCUGUUCUUCAAACCGUUGGUGACCCUGCAGAAAGAGAAGAAGCUGGAGCUGGUCACACGGCGAAAGUGGAAGCAGUACUGGGUAACACUCAAAGGUUGUACUCUGCUGUUCUAUGAGACCUAUGGAAGGAAUUCAAUGGAGCAGAGUAGUUUGCCUCGAUACGCUCUGUUUGCUGAAGACAGUAUAGUCCAGUCUGUUCCAGAACAUCCCAAGAAAGAAAAUGUGUUCUGUCUCAGCAAUUCUUUUGGAGAUGUCUACCUAUUCCAGGCAACAAGUCAGACAGAUCUGGAAAACUGGGUUACUGCCAUACAUUCAGCCUGUGCUUCCCUCUUUGCAAAGAAACUUGGGAAGGAGGACACAGUUCGGCUACUGAAAAAUCAGACCAAGAGUCUCUUCCAGAAGAUUGAUAUGGACAGCAAGAUGAAGAAGAUGGCAGAGUUGCAGCUCUCAAUUGUUAGUGAUCCAAAAAACAGGAAGGCGAUAGAGAAUCAGAUCUGCUCCAGGGAUGAAGCUGCUCUCAGGAAGCGUACCCUGUCUCUGUCUCAAAGAGUCAGAAACAAGAAGGGUUUGUUUUCUUCACUGAAAGGACUGGACACACUAGCAAGAAAAGGAAAAGAAAAGCGACCUUCCAUAACACAGAUUUUUGACUCUGCUGGAGGACAUGGAUUCGCCGGUGUCCAGAAUUCAGCCAACUCUGCUGAGCAGCAAGUUGAUGAAUUUUCGAAUGUCUACUGCUCAGUACCGGACAGCAUCCAGAAGGAGAAUGCUUGGGAAACACAAACGUAUGUUCACUUCUGUGACGGUCAAGGAGUAGCUUUAACUCUGAAACCGGAACACAGGGUGGAAGAUGUUCUGUCUCUGGCAUGCAAGAUGAAACAACUGGAGCCAAGGAACUAUGGGCUACAGCUCAGAAGACUGGUUGAUGAAAAUACUGAAUACUGUGCUCCUGAACCAUACGAAUACAUAGUAGACCAGGUGUAUGAUGAAAUAGAAAUUUGCCCAUUAAAUGUUUAUCACAUUCAUCUUACAAAGACUGAAAAUAUAACUGAUUUUGGUUUUGCUGUCACAGCUCAAGUUGAUGAAAAUCAGCAUCUCACACACAUAUUUGUAAGUGAUGUUCUCCCUGAUGGGCUUGCAUACAAGGAAGGUCUACGAGUAGGCAAUGAAAUCCUGAGCAUAAACGGAGAGCCUGUGUCUGAUCUUGACCUUAGGCAGAUGGAGCUGUUGUUUUCAGAAAGAAGCGUAAUGCUCACUUUGAGAAUGAAUCACUGUGGGAGUCAGCAACCCUUGUGUGCAUCCUGGUCAUCAGAUGGUGACAUUUCCAGGGAUCCAAAAAGUUUGUUGCCACCUCCAAACCAGUCACAGCUUCUGGAAGAGUUUCUAGAUAACUUCAGAAAGAAUACAGCAAAUGAUUUUAAUAAUGUGCCCGAUGUCACAUCCAGCUUGAAAAGGAGCAGUACGGAUGGCACUCUGGACCAAGUACCACAGAGGGAGAAGACUGAUCCACCUUUCAGGAGCGCAGAACAGAUCAGUGCAUUGUGCCGGAACUUCCAAGAGGUCCAGACGAGCAGCAUGGAAGGGCAGAAGGACAACCAGGAUCUGCCUCCACGACCACUGGCUCGCCACCUUUCUGAUGCAGACAGACUGAGGAAAGUCAUCCAAGAACUUAUGGAUACUGAGAAAUCUUAUGUCAAGGAUUUGAGUUGCCUCUUUGAGCUAUACUUGGAGCCUCUCCAAAAUGAAACCUUCCUUACACAAGAUGAGAUGGAGUCCUUGUUCGGCAGUCUGCCAGAAAUGCUGGAUUUUCAGAAGGUGUUUUUGGAGACCCUUGAAGAUGGAAUAUCUUCUUCCUCAGAUUUUAAUACACUGCAGACACCAUCUCAGUUCCGGAAACUGCUGUUUUCCCUGGGAGGAUCGUUUCUGUAUUAUGCUGAUCACUUUAAACUGUACAGUGGCUUUUGUGCCAAUCACAUCAAAGUUCAGAAAGUUCUUGAGAGAGCCAAAACAGACAGUGCCUUUAAGGCCUUCCUGGAUGCCCGCAAUCCUACAAAGCAACACUCCUCUACGCUGGAGUCAUAUCUCAUAAAGCCUGUUCAGAGAGUGCUGAAAUAUCCACUGCUUUUGAAAGAGCUGGUGUCUCUGACAGACAACGAGAGUGAGGAGCACUAUCAUUUGACAGAAGCGCUGAAGGCAAUGGAAAAAGUAGCAAGUCACAUCAAUGAGAUGCAGAAGAUUUAUGAAGAUUACGGCACUGUAUUUGAUCAACUGGUUGCAGAUCAAAGUGGAACAGAGAAGGAGGUGACUGAACUUUCCAUGGGAGAACUUCUGAUGCACUCUACAGUUUCCUGGCUAAAUCCUUUCCCAUCACUGGGCAAAGCAAGAAAAGACCUUGAACUUACAGUGUUUGUUUUUAAGAGGGCUGUAAUACUGGUGUAUAAAGAGAACUACAAACUGAAAAAGAAAAUGCCAAGUAAUGUUCGUGCUGCCCAUAAUUAUGGUGACUUGGAUCCAUUUAAGUUUCGCUGGCUGAUUCCUCUAUCUGCUCUUCAAGUUCGGCUUGGGAACGCAGCAGGAACAGAGAACAGCUGUAUCUGGGAACUGAUUCACACAAAGUCAGAACUGGAAGGCAGGCCAGAAACCAUUUUUCAGUUGUGCAGCAGUGACUGCGAGAACAAGACUAACAUUGUGAAGGUGAUCCGUUCUAUCUUGCGGGAGAAUUUCAGACGUCACAUAAAAUGUGAGCUGCCUCUGGAGAAAACCUGUAAAGAUCGCCUCAUCCCACUCAAGAACCGUGUGCCUGCCACAGCUAAACUGGCUUCCACCAGGUCCUUGAAGGUACUGAAGAAUUCACCCAGCAGUGAGUGGAACGGUGACCAAGGGAAAGGCACCUUCCAGGACUCUGAUGAGUGCAGCCUGAGCAGCAGCACCCAGAGCAGCAGCUGCAACACCACUGAGAGCAUACAGGAGCCCAAAACUUCAUCUCCUGAUCAGCAUGUACAGAGCUGUGCCUCUGACUUUUCUAAUGCUCUUGUCAAAGAAUCUGAUAUUCUCAGUGAUGAUGACGAUGAUGAAUAUCAGAACCUAAAGAAGAGCAGCCCUACUAAAGACAUUGAAAUUCAGUUCCAACGGCUGAAGAUUUCAGAGGAACCCAAUACUGACUCUGAACGAGAUCAAGCUGCAGAAAAGGAGGAAGGAGAUGGUUUCAAGAUGGGAGAACAUCCAAAGCUGAUACGUGGCCAUUUCUGCCCAGUGAAGAGAAAAGUAAACAGCACAAAGCGUAACAGGGGAACUUUAAUGGCAAUGCAGGAACGUCACCAGUCCCUUGACAGCCACUCUGAUGCUGCAAACUUGGACCUGAACUCUAUUUUGGAGAGAGAAUUUAGCGUCCAGAGCUUAACAUCUGUAGUUAAUGAGGACUGUUUUUAUGAAGCUGUGGAGAGGCAUGGGAAAUCCUAGCUUUCUGAGCAGCACUCUAUACAAAAUGUUCAUUUGAAGUCCACAUAAAAUUCAACAAACUUAUUUUGCUUUAAAAUCAGUAAAUUCAUGGAAGCCACAGCAAAACUACUAUCUGAUUUUCAGCACUAGUACAGUUUUUCCACAAAUACAGCUGUAAAGGAUUUUUAAGUUAUUUUAAUUUAUUGUGGAUCAAAAAUAGAUUAAGUUUGCCAAGGUCUGUAAAUUAGUUCAUCCCUUUCAAACGCUUAUUGCGAUUAUGUAGUAUUAUUCUUGGGGAGGGGAAGGGUGGCCUUGUUAGUAAUUUUAAGUUAAGUUAUGUGGAAAAGGUGCUAGUGAGUGGCAGAAGUAAAUGCAGUGGAAAGUAGUAUAACAAAAUGAAUUUUUCAAUACCAUGGGCAUUUAUUUUCUUUGGUUUUCAUUUUUGCUUUAUUUAAAGCAGAAUUAAGUUAUUUGAAUGUGCUUUAGUGCACAACAGUGCAGAAAUUGCAUUUUUGUAGGUUUCAAGAUGCUGUUUAUACUUUAUAUAUAUAUAUGUGUAAAUAUAAAAUCAAAGCUUGGCCUGUAAUCUUUUAUUUGACUGUAUUUUUUAUUUUCUCUACCAGCCUGUACAGUAAAAGACAAAUAAGUAUUGUACUUAGCUAUGUUUUCUACUUUUUAUCGUGCUGCUGUUCUCUUAAACUCCCAAGUUCUUUGCUUUUGUAUAUAUGAGAAAGAGUAUUAGCAGACCUUGAGGCAAUCUGUGCACUUUAUCCUCCUAUAAGCCAGUCACUUGAGUAUAUUUAUAUGAGGCUUUUGAUUUUUAAAUUACUCUGCACAGAGGAUUUUCCCAGAUAAAAAGGGCAUAAGACCUCAGACAACAUCUUACAUGCUGCAAGUAUGAAAAGAGUUUUUAUGUUGCAGUAACGCACUCACGUUCAUACAAAAUGUAUUAUUUCCAUUUAAUUACGUAUCUCACAACAUACCUUGUUCUGGGUGUGUGUUCUGUCCUUGGAAACGAGAUGAACCAGUAGGCACAUUGUAAGUGGACUGUCCUAAACUUUUGUCUACAGCUGAACUGAACAAAUAAAAUAGGAAAGCCUCCUUCACCA